AUGCGGAGCUGGGGCCGGGCGGCGCGGGCCCUGCGGGCGGCGCGGGUCCUGCGGGCGGCGGCGGGCGGGCCCAGGGCCGUGAACGUCGUGUCCCGCAGCCUCUGCUCCGCCGCGCAGCGCUGCGUUUCCUACGAAGAGUUCAAAGACUUGAAAAGAAACAAUGUCCUCCACAUAGAUGUCCGCGAGAGAUGGGAGAUUGACAGAUUUGGGAAAAUCCCGGAGUCCGUCAACAUACCUUUGAGUGAGUUAGUGGAAGCUCUGCAGAUGAGCCCGGGGGACUUCAAGGAGCAGUACAAGCAGAAGAUGCCUGCCAAGUCGGACCAGAUGGUUUUCUCCUGCUUGGCAGGAGGAAGAAGCAAACAAGCACUGGAUUUUGCCGUGUCCUUGGGUUUCAGCAGAGUUCAACACUAUUCUGGUGGCUUUGAGGAAUGGGCAAAACGUGAACCUCCAGAGAAAAAAUGAAGAUGACCACCCCCAGCCUCUGCCCCACCAAGGUUUCAGGAUGAUUUGUAUGUUUUAGGAUUCAGACCACAUGGAUUCCACUUCCAAUAUACAGCCGUCUCUUGUGUUUUCUUUUGUAACUGGACAUGUACCUUUAAGUAGCCAUGUAUGUUUAACUGGUUGGUGUAAAUCAACUAUGAUAAGGACUAUGAUUUGAGCAGAGAAUAUUAACAUUUGUUCAAUGUUUACUGUGAGCUAUGUUCUUCACUGGAACUAUGUGAACACAACUUUAAUAGUUAUGAUGUUUACUAGGAUUUUGGUGUAAUGUGGUUUAUGUCUGUUUAAACAAAUGGUGAUAAAACUUUCUUAUAAACUUAUACUUUCCUUAUUAACUAUGUUGGGUAGUUUGUUUGACUGCUAUUGCUUUAAUGGAGUCGGGAUAACUGUCCUAAACAUAAAUUAUAUGUCACGUAUAGCUAAAGUUUCGAAACAUUUGCUGUGUUCUGAAGAGUGAAACUAGAGAGUAGGAUUCUUUGAGUUUGUACUAUGUGAUUGCAAGACCUAAAGUCCACUAUCAAUCACAAGAUAUGAAAAGAAACUGACCUGAUGUUAGAAUACUUGCCUUUUGUUUUUCAGUUGCUUAUUUUAAAAAGUAUACCCAUAUUUAUACAUAAAUGUACUCCUGAGUACAAAAUGCAAUGGCAUGCAGUCAGCUUUUGCUUUGCCUUGGCAGUUCUCAAAUGUGAACUUGCCUGUAUUUGAAAUUACUAUUACAGAGUUUUAACCAUUUUAGGGUGGAAAACUUGAGAUUUUCAAGGAAGUUAGUUAACUUCCUUCUUUCUUUUCUGUACAUAAAUUUGUAUGUCUUAGACUUUAAAAAAACAACCAACCAGCCUAUCCCCAUCUAUAAAUUUGCAUAGUCAUAGUUUUUAAGAAUUGUUUUUUUUUCUAAUGCUAUUAACAGUUCAGAGAAACAAGCACAGCUGUAUUGCUUUGGCCUUUAGAAAACAGAAGUUCAUGGUUCUGCAGAUUGUCUGGAAAAAAGGAAUUAAAAUUUUGCCUAGUUUUACUCUCAUCAGUAUUGCCGGUAAUGUGGACUUAUCCUAGAGCUCUUCUAUUCUAACAGUGCAGUUUGAAUGGUGAGAUGAAAUACAGGAUCUAAAAAUAUACAGCUUGUCAAGUUUAGAGAACAGACAAGAAAAGGUAAGUAAUCUUACUAGAAUCUUAUUUGUCUCCCUGCUGUCAUUAGUUUCUAGAGCAGAAUUCCAGUAAGUGGGUGCAGUCAACUGUGUUAACUGUGCUGCCAUGACUAUGUAUCUUUCAGUUUAUGAGGGUGUCUGUUCUCUCAUCUUUUGUAAUAAUUAGAGAGAACUGUAGUGUAGCUGUUGCAACAGUGAGUAAUGCAUUUUUCUUCAAAAUAUCAUUGCCUCUGUAGCAAUCUUACCACAAGGCCUUAUUUCCAGCCCAUAAAAAGUAAAGGUUAAAUGAAGAAGCAGAAUUUAGACCUAACUUCCAAAAUACUGGGUUUAGUUUAACCAAUGGAUUAUUGGGAGUAAGAUGAAAUUAAAAUGCCAGGAUGAGUAGGUGUUAUCUUGUUGUCAUUCUUGGCUACUCUAAUUUCUGCUAUCUUACUCUUAAAGGUCUCUCUUUUUCAGGCUGGAUCAGGAGAAAUAACAGAUGUUAUCAUGCGUGUUGGAUUUGGCCAAAUCUAUUAUCUUUUAAUUUUGUCUGUUUAAUGUGACAUAGAGUAUCAGUUUCACAGUGUUGUGAGCAUGUAAUCAAAGGGGCAACAGAAGCCCACUGUUGGCUUACUCUUGCCAGGCCUCACCAGGACUAAUGAUGCCUUUUGGUCUAGACCAGGUUGUGACAGAGUUUGAAAGUAUUUAGCUAAAUGUCUAAGUAAUCUUGCCUAGCUGUAUUGACCAAAUCACCAAACUUUAGCAUGCAGAUGAACAAAGAGUCCAGAGACCUAACAACUGAACUUCAUCAUAAUUCAGUCAUGGCAAUACUUCCUUUUGUAGCUAUGUUAAGUAUGGUGGGAAUGUCUAACAUCAUGUAGCCACCAAAACAUGAACAACAAACAGUUGCAUUGUGUCACAGCGAGGUCUGUCUAGCUCAUUAUUUUCUGUUCAGCCACAACCGGUAAUAGAUGUCUGAGUAUGACUUUAAAAGAGGAUAAGCAUGUAGUGAUACGAUCCCCAGAGUAUUCUGAUGUGCAAGUCAGAGAGCUAUGAAAGUUUCUUCAGGCUUUGACAUGUCUUGGUGUGCUUGAACUUCUAGAAAUUUUCUUUAUUUACUUCUCAAUCAGUGCAAACUCCUGGCAAUCACACCACGCUGCAGGAGGCGGGGCUCGUGGCUUAACUCCAUACUGUAGAGAGAACUUUUUCUCUUUGUAUGUUCUAAACUUGCCACAUGCCGAUUUCACUUGAUGACCCUGUUUCUUCUGUUAAAAGAAGUUAAGGACAGGAGUCAUCUAUUCAUUCUUCAGGCCACUUAUGAUUUUUAUAAUUUCUGCUGUUAUUUCAGAGUGAAAAGUCCUAGGUUUGGGGUGGGGGAGUUCUGUGUGAAAGCCAUUGUACCCCUCUGAUUACACUGAGAUUUUUCUUAGUAUCUUUUUGAGAUCUGUACUUGCUUUGAGAUGAGAAAGAAUGAUGACGAAGAUGAGGUUGUGAUUGUAACUUCUGGACUGCAUGCUAAUUUCAAAUAAUUUUUUACCAGUUGUAGUUUUUGCAAGGUGUUUCUGAAAGUUUACGUGCAGCUUGUCAAAGCUGACCAUCCUUUCUCUAUCUUCUUUGUAUGAACAUAACUUCUGUUUUCAAAGGGUGUGUUUUGAGUUUAAUAAGUUUUCUGAUCCAGUGGAGCCAUGUUUGCUUUAUGUUAGAUUUUUCUUAAGCCUCUUUGAGGUGGCAGGCGGCCUGUGUUUGCCUUGACACUCUGCUGUCACCUGUAUGCCUGCUAUCUAUCAAGACUUUCACCUGCCUUUUAGCUUGUUUUAACAAGCUUCUUCAUUUUUAUGUAGCUCUGUUCUUUGAAAUGAAGCAGAAUAAAGGUGAAUUUUUGUCUGAUUGCUAGCAAGAAGGUUGAAAUCAAGUACGUUCCAUUCCCUGUUGUUGAGUAGCCUCUAUGUCUCCUGAACUCAAGACCAAGCCUAGAGAAGAUUUGCACUUUGUGUAGUCUGUAACUUUAUGCUCCAUGAAGUAGUCUAGGUUUAAACUGGGUUUAAAAAUUUAGGUUUGUCACUUGAGUGCAUCAGGUAUCUGUCUACACAACAUAGGUAAAUUACAUUUAUUCUUGUAGCAUUUUCUGCUCAAAGAGAUUUCCUUCAUGUCAUAGUAAUUAGCUGUGCAAACCAUUGUUAACGUAGACUUAUACUUGAAAAGGAACUAGUUUUAUAUAUGGUUGUAGAUACAAACGUCUGCAUGCGCAUGUACGUGUUUAUGUGUGUGUAUUUAUAUAUAUGAAUGGAAAUUACAGGCCUGAACUCCGCCUUUGUUAACACAGAUUCCUUACAGUAUCUAACCCAGCUUUCACAAAGCACAAUUUCACCAUCUGCAGUUUAUUACUUCCUUAAUGGUAGAGUGAUAUUUGAGUACAAAACUGCAUGUCUGCCUUCCACCAAGUUUUUCAUAUGCCUGUUAUGUUCAUAUAUUUAUAUAAAAUAGGAACUUUAUUUUUUCCUCAACUUAUUUUUAAGACUUUGACUAUCUGUAUAAAAACAAUUUUAUUACUGCUUUUUAUUUUCUUUCUUGGAUGUUUUUCAAGUAAAACCUGGUUUUCAAACAUA